AUGAAUAAAAAGAAUACUAAGCGUAAAUAACACAACAAAAUAGAGAAGGAUGAUGAUUAUAGUGGCAUCUUUGAAGAAAUCUAAACCGAUUUGCCGAUUAUUAAAAAAAAGUCAAAAGAACAACAACAAACAAAUCAAAUUCACUUUGAGUCCAUUCGCAACCAAGAAUAGGCUAAUCUCAUUCGAUGCCCAAUAGAAUCCAUCAAUAUUGAAUAGAUUCUAUAGGACAUUUUGUAUGAGUCUUCCAAAGAAUCCCAAUACUCUAAAACUCUUAAGCAGAUCCUUCUUUUGGGGCAGCGAGAAUUGAAAGACAAACAAAAAUAUUACUAAUUUAAAUGGCAAUCAUUAGGACACUCAAACAUUAGUCGUUAGGAGUAUCAAAGAUAAGAGUAAAUGCUAAAAGAACAACAAUCUAAGGACAUUGCUGAAAUUCAAAAUAAUGUUAUUGCUGAAUUAGGAAGAAAGCGGGUGAAAGGAUUUUAGUAAAGGGAAGAUAUCUUGGAUGAAUUUCGAAUCAAUUUUAUGAAGAAAAGACAUCUCACACCCGAUGGACCUGUGAUGGAAGAGUUCCAAUUUUAUGUUGAUCCCGAAGAGGCUAAUCGAUUGAAGAAAGAUCAAAUAUAAUUGUUGGAAAAAUUGAUGGAAGAGUCUCAUCUAAUUCCUGAAAAUCACCCUCUUGAAUUGAAGAGAUACUUUAGUUAGCCAGAAAAUAUUGGACAUCAACAAAGAUAUCUACAAAGGACUUAAAGCAUACUAAUGAAUAACAUUAGAAUGAUGUUUAAAAGAUUACAAAUAUUUCCAAAAUUGCAGAUUGACAAAAUCAUUAAGGAUAAAAUGGAGAAUAUGACACCCAAGAAAAUUGAAGAACUGCUCAAACUUGAUGAGUAAGAUAUUCAAGUCAUUCCCAGAAAUGUUAGAGUUAUGCUUUUGGAUUCCAAAUCUGAUGAGUUAUACACUGACAAGGAUUUCUAAUUAGACUAAGCUGAAAGAUACAUAGAAGUGUUCAACCAAUUGAAGAACCAAAAUUUUUAUGAAUUGGAUUUAGAAAAGAUGUUGGAACUUACAAUUUAUAUUGUGAAUAAUACUCAUUAUCAAUAAAAGUUUAAGUUAUCUGAAGAUAGAAAAUAAGUCACGCCCAGAGAAUUGCUGAAUUAUAUUGAAAAAUUAUAUAGAUAAUGA